UCUGCCGGGCAGAGCGGAGCCUCCGCAGCCGCAGGUGGCAGCCUCCCUCUCGGCAUGCUGGGCGCCGCCUCCGCCGGACACGGGCUGCGAAGGUGAGCCGCUCCCCACCCGCCACACCACGCCGCCCGCACCAUGGCCAGCGCCGCGGCCGCCGAGCUCGCCCUGCUCGCCUUGGGUGUUUUGUUGGCGGUGUGCCAUGCCUUAGAGAACACAACAUCAGCCUUGAGAGGUCCCCCGGUGGCAGCUGCAGUGAGAUCCCACUUUAACAACUGUCCAGAUGCCCACAGUUCCUUUUGCUUCCAUGGGACGUGCAGAUUCCUGGUGCAAGAAGAAGAACCGACGUGCGUGUGCCACUCUGGGUACAUAGGAGCCCGCUGUGAGCACGCCGACCUCCUGGCGGUGGUUUCUGCCACCCAGAAGAAGCAAACCAUAACCGCUUUGGUGGUGGUUUCCAUCGUUGCCUCCAUUGUGCUGGUCGUGGUCUGCGUCCUGAUACAUUGCUGCAGGAUACGGAAGCACUGCGAGUGGUGCAGAGCAAUGGUUUGCCGGCAUGAGAAACCCACCGGACUGCUGAAGGGGGCCACAUCUUGCUGCCACUCAGAGACAGUUGUCUGACAAAAACCAUGGAAGGGAACAGCACAGAGUUCGACCUGAGAGGCCUACAGUCUUCUGAAAAAAAGUUUCAUGUGGACAAGACAGUUUCCAGGGACUUAACCAGGAAGCCAACGCAGUGCAACUUUUGAGGCCGCCUCCGGAUCUUCCCCCGUAACGCUGGGCAUCCAGAACUUUGCUGAAAGAGCUGUGUGGCCGGUGCCACUUCUGACUAAACCUGUCUGUGGUCUGUGACCACCAGCAAAUCUCCAAGACUUCUUUUUAGUCGAAAUAGAGAAGAGUGACAAUCGGCAGCUUUACAUUUACUGUAAGCACCACCUUGUUCUGGUUUGCCUUGGAAAAGGUUUAUUUCAUGGAGACUGGAUCCAGCGUUAUCUGAUGGGCUGCCUUGGCUUUGCCUACCUGUUGCGUCUUUGGACUCCUCUCCAGUGGAAGGAUGCUCCCCGUUAGGCCUCUGGGAGUAGUCCCACUCUCCAGUGGGCACUCAGACCCAAGUAGAAAAAUGCCAGGUAGCCUUGCCCGUGUUUGUAGUGUCCUAUUUGGGGAAGGGAGAGGGGGAAACAUUGUGGGGGAGGGUAGACUGGAGCCAGGUGAGAGCAGAAGUUCCUUCACCUUCCUUCCUUUCUUCCUUCCUCCCUCCCUCCCUCCCUCCCUUCUGAAUCAUUGCUCCUCGACUGGGGUCUCUGGGUAACUUGGUGGCACCUCUGCUACCUUUUUCCAAGAAGAAAACAGACCACAGAAGCCUUAGUUGUUAUUACAUGACGGGUAGGAAUGGGCUGUUGAAAGAGGUGCAUCUGGCCUUGUUUUUAAUACUGACUUAAACGCCUUUGAGCUAGAUGAGGUUUACUAAAAAUCAAUUUUUAGCAGGGGUAUUUUUAAAAUGCUGCACUGUUUCUGGGUUUACUACUUGUACGGAAUUUCUAACUAUUUCAACGUCUUGGGAGAGAGAAGAUUCCUCCAAGUCACAAACAUUCCAUAGGACUAGGAACAACAUUCCACAAUUGUGUGGGCGCUUGAAUGUUUUGACACUCCCCACACCCCGGCACGACAAAAGGGUUUGGUUCCAAGAAUGAGGUAGUUCUGGGAAAGCCUGGGCAAGUGUGAGCUAGGGUGGCCUUCCAGGAAGACCUUGGAAGCCAAAUUCUUCUCAAGAAGCUUGAGAAACUCCUGAGGUGGAGGAAAGUUCUGCUCCAGAAUCGGCCCUUUGGCAGCUGCAUGGAGGUUUAAAGGACUGGUCCCGUGAGGACCAAAGGUAGAAGGAAGCGAGAGAGAUGGCAAUAGACCUGAGUGAUGGCUCAAGAGCCAUUCUGAAUUGGCCAGCUAUGAAUUCUGAUUGGCAUGCAAGCCAAAGCACCUUCAGUUUCACCUUCUUUCCUUCGCUGAUGGAAAGAAGAUCUAUUUGCCGACACUCCUGAUUUCUCAGGUUCCAUUUCCCCAGACGGAUGGCUUGGCAUGUCGACGGGAGCUUCGUGCCAAAACUUUGUGGCCAUGUGACAAGUUGGUUUUGUUCCUCAAGUGGUCUGGCUGACAAAGGCUUCCGUUGUUUUUAGUGGGCCGAUUCUCUUCCUGCCCUGAUCGUAAUGGGAUUCCCUCUGACUUUCCUCAAAGGGGAAAUAAUGGGGUUCUUAAACCCGCCCCCUUUUUCCCUAGCUUUGCUUCUCAACAACCAGUCUAUAGAUUGGGAGUUUCUCAAAUAAGUAAAAAAGGAAGAAAGGAAUUCCAAAAAGCACUGCCUUUUGCACAAUCCCUCAAGGCACAUAAAUUAGAGCCAUAGAGCUACAGAAAACGUACCUUUGCUCAGUUGAGAAUUGCCCCAAAGGAGAGCUUGGAUCUUAUCAGACCAGGUUCAGGAGCUGCAGCAUCCAAGGACUUUGGUUGCCUUUCUCCUAAAUUAGGCUUUUGAUACAUUGUCGAAUGGGAAACCAGUCCAGGGGAGGAAAGAGCCUUCUCUGAAGUCAGCCUUCUGCUCUUCUCUGGGUUUCUGUUUUGUGGGUUGCUGUUUAGAAAUAAGAUGUACCCUGUCAGCUGGCAAUUGUUUAAUCUGACGUGACCCAGACUUAUGGAAUUGAUUGACACUAGAAGUAUCAAGGCUUUGGGGGAGAAAAACGGUUUAAAAUUCUCAAAUGAAAUAUUUCUUCUAAAGCAAAAGAGGCCUUUUUUCAUCUUAAAUGCAUUUGAAUUAUGCUGAAUUAUCAGCCACUAAAUGCCUCUUCCCCAUUCUGUGUGUUGACGCUGUUAACGUUUUGUCCUUUUUCACAAUUUAAGUUUAGUUUGGUCCACAGCCAAACUGAAGUUUUAUUUUUAGCCAAGGUUACACUUUUUUUCUUCUGUAUAUAUUGCACUGAAGGUUACUAUUUAAUAUUUUAAUUUAUUGUGUAGAUAAAUUAAUUUGAUUCAUGUAAGAUGUUUAUGUGAUUGGUUAUUAUUUCUUCCUUAAUACGCUGAGUUAAUAGAUAUUUAAAUGAGUGAAAUACACUUUUCAUAAUA